GACGUCCACAUUCUUUGUCGCAGAAGGAGAAAACGCGGAAGUGUGUCGUAUCUCCACACGACGUUGUCAAACGUGUUCGAACUGGAAAAGCUGCUCACUCUGUCAUCUGGAACUUUCUAGAAGCAGGCGUGUGUGAGUGAAAAGCCUCGGCGAGUGCGAGUAAGUUUCAUGCAGAAGUGAGACAUAACCCGCGGAGGACACAAUGUCUCUUAUUCCCGACGAGAAUGUACGAGGUGGAAGCUUGUUUAAAGACAUCAGCGCUGACGACGAGGACUGGCAGCCCACGGUGAUCGAGAGUCUGUGUAUGAAUUGCUACAAGAACGGGACUACUCGUCUGCUCCUGACCAAGAUACCGUUCUUUAAAGAAAUCAUCGUCAGCUCUUUCAGCUGCGACCACUGCAGCUGGGCCAACACCGAGAUCCAGUCCGCAGGCCGUAUUCAGGACCAGGGCAUCUGCUACACGCUCCAAAUCAAAUCCAAACAAGACCUGAACCGCGAGGUGGUCAAAGCAGACAGUGCCACCACCAGGAUACCAGAGCUGGAGUUUGAAAUCCCUCCCUUCACCCAGAAAGGUUCUCUUUCCACCAUUGAGGGUCUUUUAGACAGAGCGGUUGCAGGGCUGGAACAGGAACAGCCAGUCAGACGGGCCACAGACCCCGAGGUGGCUGAGAAGAUAGAGGAAUUCAUCCAGAAGCUAAAGAAGUUGAAAGACGUUGAGAGGGAGUUCACACUGGUGAUUGAGGAUCCGUCAGGCAACAGUUUUGUUGAGAACCCUCAGGCCCCUCAGAAAGAUGAGGCUCUCACAGUGACUCGCUUCAAACGGAGCAUAGAGCAGGAUAAAAUGCUGGGAAUCAGAGCUGAUGACGAUGACAGUGUUCAAGAGGAGGGAGCGGCAGACGACCUGGAGGGAAUGAUGGGUGAGGUUAUGGUCUUCAAAACCAACUGCCCAGAGUGCAACGCUUCGACUUCAACCAAUAUGAAGCUGGUCCAGAUCCCUCACUUCAAAGAGGUCGUCAUCAUGGCCACGUCCUGUGACAGCUGCGGCCACCGGACCAAUGAGGUGAAAUCAGGCGGUGGCACUGAAGAACUGGGCACAAGGAUCACCCUUCACAUCACCAGCUCUUCAGACAUGACCCGUGACCUGCUCAAGUCGGAGACUUGCUCUGUGCUUAUCCCAGAGCUGGAGUUUGAGCUGGGGAUGGCGGCUGUAGGUGGGAAGUUCACUACCGUGGAGGGUAUGCUAACAGACAUCAAAGAGCUGACCGUGUCCAAAAACCCCUUCAUGUGCGGCGACAGCCACAGCAAAGAACAAAUGAAGAAAAUGACAGAGUUUGCCGAAAAGCUAGACAAGAUCAUUGCAGGGGAAAUGGCCGUCCAUCUCGUCCUGGAUGAUCCCGUGGGGAACAGCUACCUACAGAAUGUGCACGUCCCGGACCCCGACCCUCAGAUUACUAUGGAGAAGUAUACCCGCACAUUUGAGCAGAAUGAAGAGCUGGGUCUAAAUGAUAUGAAAGUUGAGGGAUAUCAGGAGGAAAGUUUAACUGAGUUGGCAUUUGAUUAAUAAUGUCUGAACACAUUAACAUGGCUCCUUAUUUUUGUUGUUUUCACACAAUUGAAUUUAAAAAGUGAAUCAUUGUUUUAAUCUGUGUAAGGUUUAAGGGGCAUUCUAAGUUACAGAAAUGUAGACAGGAAGUCACAGGUUGUCAUGAUUGGACCUGUUGUAAAAUGUAUUUUUAAUUCCAGCAGAUGGCGCUCUAAUGUAAUCUUUAAAUAAAGGUAUUUACUGUCAGUGGACCACA